AUGCCUUCAAUAACGAUCGCUAUGUCUGAGGCCUGGGUCACACUCGCCACCACUGAUGGUUAUGCUCAAGGAGCGUUGGUACUAGCACAUUCAAUCAAAGCCACGGGAACUUCAAAAAAGCUUCACUGUAUGGUGACCAACUACGUUUCUCCACGACUUCGCGCAGAAUUGGAAGCACAGUUCGAUGAGGUAUCCCAUGUGGACGUAUUGGACAGUAACGAUCAGGAAAAUCUCGCACUAAUCAACCGGCCUGACCUAGGUGUCACAUUCACGAAACUUCACUGCUGGAGGCUGACACAAUACACGAAAUGUGUGUUCCUGGAUGCUGAUACAAUGGUGCUCCAAAAUUCGGAUGAGCUAUUUGAGCGACCAGAAUUUUCCGCAGCAGCUGACAUUGGAUGGCCCGAUUGUUUCAACAGUGGAGUCUUCGUCUAUGUACCUAGCCUUGAAACUUAUCGCCGUUUGUUGGCAUUUGCCGUAUCGCAUGGCUCAUUCGACGGUGGUGACCAAGGCCUCCUCAAUGAAUUUUUCUCCGGAUGGCGCGAUCUUCCAGCUAUUCAUCGACUACCAUUCAUUUAUAACAUGACCGCUGGUGUAUUCUACUCGUAUGCAGCUGCCUAUAGGAGGUUCGGUGCAUCCACGAAAAUCGUUCACUUCAUUGGAAGUCAGAAGCCAUGGCAUGGCUCUGCGUCCACUCAUCAGAGUGAACACCUGGAGAAAUGGAAACAAAUCCAUCAGACGAAUGUCGCGGCUCAUACGACUACGACGCCUGAACGGCCGCCGCCACCUCCUCCACCGCCGCCGCCACCGUCGCCGACACCGACAGCUGCUCCAACUCCUCCUCAUUGGUCAACACCAUCUAGCGACACAUCAUCGCUUAGUUAUGUUCACGUAGACACGUCACAACAUUAUAAUGAUCACCAACAUCAUAAUCAUCAGCAGCAGCCGUCGUACGAGCAUGAACAACCGAGCUAUGAAGACGUUACGCAGAAUUUAGCGAACAAUUUGGUUUGUGAACCUGCAGUGUGUAUAUCCGUAGAAUCGCAUGCAUCCGUAGAUCAUAUGCACAGAGGAGAUAGUGAAAGAUGCCACCAAGCCGAUGAUGAGGUGGCAUCAAUAACUGCUCAAGCAUGUUUCUCAGCUGGAACAGUUCGAGAAAAGACGCCUUCUCCAAGUGAGGAAGAGAGGCUGCGCGCCUGGGAGUCCGGUCAUCCAGACUUUAUGGGUCGCGAUGCAUUCUCGAAUAUCCAGGCAGCUCUCGAUCGUGCUCUUCAGGAGUAA